AUGAAUUUUGACUUGUUUCUUUCUUUUUCCCUACCCACUUUUUAUUGUUUUUCUUAUUAUUUUAUAUUCGUAGCCAACACAGAUGUUCCCCUUAAGCGUCCGGCAUUCCUCGUCAUCCUCCAUCUCCAACGUCGUCUUCUCUUUCGUUUUCUUUUCUUCUUUUCCCCACCGCUCCCUUCUUCUUCUUCUUCUUCUUCUUCUUCUUCUUCUUCUUCUUCUUUUUUUUCUUCUUCCACUCGACCUUCAUCCUCUUUCUUCUCGCUUUUUCUUCUCUUACUCUUUUUACUUUUUGAUCAUCAUCCUCUUUCUUUUUCUUUUUCUUCUUUUCAGCAUAUCUUUUUCAAUUCUUUUCUUUGUUCUGUACUUAGUAACCCCCACUUUCUUUUCCUUCUUUCUGUAGCCUCUACUUUCUUUCCUUCUUUCUGUCAUCCCCUUCUCUCUCUCUCACACAUGAAGCCCUCUCUUUUCUUUCUGUGGCCUUGUUUCUCUUUCAUUCUUUCUGUAGACCCUCCUCUCUUUCCUUCUUUCUGUAGCCCCCUCUCACUUUCCUUCUUUCCUCUCUCUUUCUUUCAUUCUGUAGCCUCCACUCUCUUUCCUUCUUUCUGUAGCCUCUUCUCUCCUUCUUUCUUUCUGGAUCCACCUAUGUCUGUCCGUCUUUCUUUAGCUCCCUCUCUCUUUCCUUCUUUCUUCCCGUUUCUCUUUCCUUCUUUCUGUCGCCCUUCUCUCCAUCCGUCUUUCUGCAUCCACCUCUCUCUGUCUCCCCCCUCUAUCUUUACUUACAUUCUUUUUGUUGACCCUUCUCUCUUCAUUCUUUCUGUAGCCCCGCCUCUCUUUCUUUUUUUCCGCAGAGCCGUCUCUCUUUCCUUCUUUUUGUCGCCCCCUCUCUAUCUCUUUUCAUCUGCAUCCCCGUGUCUCUUCUUUCUCCGUCCCUUCUCUUCUUUCUAUGGUCUUUCUUUUUCUUUAGCUACUCAGUAUUCCUUCCUCUACGCAGCCCUCCUUUCCUCUUUCAAUAGCCUCUCUCUCUCUUCUCCCCUCUCCCUUCUCAUAUUUCUUCGGCCCACUUUUUGUCUGCAUUUCAUUGCUCUCUUCUUUUUAUUUAUUCUAUCCUGCUUCCAUUUUGCAGAACCUACUUCUCUUUACCUUUAUUUCUCUAACUCAUCUCUCUUUGCCGUCUACGCCCGAUUCACUUUUAUAAGCUCGUCUUUCUACUUUCUAUCUCUCAUCUCCCUUCUUUUUUUCACCCUCCUCUGUUCCCUUUUUUAUUUCUAUAACUGUUUUUUUUCCUUCUUUACAUUUUAUUCUUUUCUCACUUUUUUCCGUAUUUAUCUCUUAUCGCACUUCUUCUGA